AUGGUCGAAAAUCUUCUCGACCGCACGAAAAAGGACGGCACUGGAUUAUUCGCCGACGAAGGAAAUACCGCCACCCGUUGGAACAAAAUCUACUACGAGUUUGCAUGUCGAGAUUUCGCCCAGAAUGUAGUACUCCAUUGCGAGCAGUACGGAUCGUAUUUACCUGAGCAGCAGUGGAUUGUUUCUGAGAUGGGAAAAGUGGCGACACAACUUUUUGCCUGGGGCAUGUGCUUUGGCAGAUCAGAAAAAUCACAUAUGGCCGGAGUUAGAGGAUUUGAGGUGGAAAAAGAUUUAGCGCUGCAUGCAAUGGAUCGUCACUAUUCGAAUAUUGCUUAUAAUGUCGAUUACAUAACAUCUUCCUGGUAUGGUGAUACCAUGGCUCCUCUCGGGAAACAGCGAGGCCUCGCAAAACUUGUUAUAGGAGAAAAACUGCUGACCCAAGCCCCGCCAGAGCAUUUUGAAGAGCUUGACUUUGAACAUAUUCAUACUGCCGAGAAAAGUUGA